GUUUUUGAAUUCCAAUUGGUAGUAAACACUAAUCCUAGCAUCAGUGGCUACUAGAAAAAUAACAAUUGUGCGGUGUACGAAUGUUAAUUCAGCUAGAAAUCACAGUUUAAACAUCAGUGUAAAGUGAAUUAACAGUAACUUUAAACAUCGAUCGGUGCGGGUCAGCUGACCGGUGACAUCCAAUCAGCUGUUAGUAUCUGCGCGGGUGCAUUGUCGGUGCGUCGUUGAUAUUUAGUGCAAUUUGAAACUUAUUCCGUUGGCGUACAGUACAAUUUACAAUGGCAAGCUGUGGAGGAUGCUUUAGAAAGAUUACCGACGGGAGAUUUUUGAAAUGCUUCAACUGCCUAAAACUGUACGACCUCCCUUGUGCGAAUUUUUCAGAUGACUCUUAUAACGGUUUGGAACCUGACCAGAAACUUUUGUGGAGGUGUGUCGAGUGCAAAAGUAUCGAGCCUAGGACGGACAAUACAAACACUCCAGUACGUUGUGCAAAUAUAAACAUGUGCCGGGGUGGACGGACGCAGAACGCCUUGAGCCCCGCGGAGCCUGAGGGUGACAGCUCCAUCAUGGAGGUGUCCUACACGGACGGCCACCCACAUAACACUACUCCGCACAACAAUGGACUGGACUCGACCCGUGUCAACGACACGCAGCUGCUGAUCACCGAGCUCCGGCUCUUCCGCGAAGAGAUACGCGCGAUGAGCCAGGAAAUUCACGGUCUUCGCACAUCCCUGGAGAGACUGACAGUCAGGAUCGACGGCUGCGAUGGGCGGAUCAACGGCUGCGAGGGGCGCAUCAACAUGCUCUCUGCCCGUGUUGAUUCGUUAGAGAGCAGGCCUCAGUCGAACGACACUGCCUCCGACAACUCUCUCGUCGAAACCGUAUCGCAGCUUAGGAUGGAGCUCAGUGACCGCGACCAAGAGUUGUUACUAAAUGAUAUAGAAAUAUCUAGUGUGCCGGAAAGUAGGGGCGAAAACGCUAUGCAUUUGGUGACAGCCUUGGGCAAGAAGUUGGGGGUUGAACUCACCGAGAGCGACAUCGUUGACGUCACGCGUGUGGGGCGCGCGCCUCAGCUGGAGGAUGGUCUCCACGGGCCGGCAGCGCGGCCGCGGCCGCUUGUGGUGCGCCUUGUGCGUCGUGCCGUCAGGGAUCGCCUGCUCCAGGCUGCGCGGGUGCGCCGCGAUGCCACCACGGAAGGAACUGGUAUCCCUGGACGAACCUGCACCUUCUACGUCAACGAGCGGCUGACUCCCCACAACCGACGUCUCCUAUACAAGGCUCGGGAGUUGAAGCAGCAGCACUCCUGGAGGUACGUCUGGACCCGGGACGGAAAAAUAUUCGCACGGCGGCAGGCGGACUCAGGUUCGCCCCGACACCGCAUUCGCACUGAACUAGACUUAGAUCGUGUUUUUGGCUCAAGAUAGGUUUGUCCACCAUAUUAGCUUGUUACUGCUUUUGUCAACUACUAACGUAUGUCUGUCACGACUACUGUUGCCGCUAAACACUUAUUACACCACUGAAAAACGUAUACUACACGAAAACAAUUCAUACACACAUUACUCUAGUUAUUUUAAUCUGAACACACAAUUUUCACUUUGUAUAUUAAAUAUUUUUGGACUUUUUACUAUAUUUACAAGAUAUUUUACUUAUUAUAUACUAACACACGCCGAAAAACUUUGCACAAUUAACCUCAAACUCAAUUCGCUCACGAUCACCGCGCCUGCGUUUGGUUGCAAUGCAAAACCGGUUCUGUUUAGCUGCCCGCUUAUUCUUAUCUUUAAAUGUUAUGUAAAAUGACUCGAAAUCAGCUACGAAUCGGUUUGUACAACGCGGGCUCGUUGAGUACAAAUCACGAUAACUUCAUAGCAACCUGCACUCGAUUGGAUAUGGAUGUGUUAGCAAUCAAUGAAACUUGGCUGAGAGGGGGGGAUGAGGGUCGGGCCCCUGUGCUCCCAGGGUGUAGGCUGCGCCACACUCCGCGACCACGGGGCCUACGCUCACGAGGUGGGGGGGUCGGGUUCUACUUAAAACGUAAUGUCACAGCUCAUAGCCUACCACACCCCGUAGACCCCAAACACAAAACGAUAGAACAAAUAUGGAUACAUAUGACAGUACAAGGGAGAAAACUUGUAAUUGGCACGGCGUAUCGCCCACCUUGGCAGGACGUUGACCUUUUUUUGGACGCCAUAUCUGACACCAUUAGCUCAUUAACUAGAUAUGAUCACUUAAUUCUGUUGGGUGACUUUAAUAUUAAUUUAAUUACUGCAAAUGACAUUAAAACCACAAAGUUUAACCAUUUCUUAUCUAGUUUUAAUUUAGCACAAAUUGUAACAGGGCCAACACACUUUACAAACACAA